AUGCAUGCCGGUCUUGACUACCACCGCUAUCUAGCCGAACGAGCCGAAACCAGACAGGAAUUAGCCGACUGGAAAGCCAAUUUCGGCGAGAUGGCCCAGAACAACGGAUGGAUGCCGCCCUCCAGUGGCAACUCCGAAGAGCGCAGCACCGACGACGAAGAUGAGGACCACCUCCAACGGUUCUAUAUGACCAAACAGAACAUAUCGGCCAUUCAGGCGCUAAAUCCGAAUGCGAAUUUCUCAGUUAACACACCGUUCACUCUGCUCACGAAUGACGAGUUCGCUGCCUACGUGGGUAAAUCUUAUCGUGCCUACAAUGCGUCGUCUGUGUCCACUACCCGCCGGCUUCGAAGCUGGCACAGAAGUAGCAAUUCUGAAACGACAUACAGCAGCAGCUCGCCUGCCAAAACGACGACUACGAGCACUAGCAGCAGAACUAAUAGCAACCCGAUGCUGAGUGGGGCUGCAAACGGCGGUACAACCUACGAUGCGACUAAUGUCAAGACAGUCACCUCCACCGGUGCCGAUGGUAAGAGCACUACAACAACAACUACAACUACAUCUUCAGGACCUGGCAGGGAAUCCACCACCGUCUCUACUUCCUCGGGAUCCACUCCGUCGAACUUCGGCUUUGGAUCCGAUUUCUCGUCGCUCUGGCAGCAAUGGGGCAAUGGCUUCAACUUUGGCGGCAUGGGUCGGAACGACUUCCAGCCUGAGACGGUCAAACCUGCCGGCUCGAAUUCAAUUUCGACAAUCACCGAUGCCCCCUCUACCCCGCUGCCUACCACCGCAGCUCCAACGCCCACCCCAACGGAAACGACGGUCACUCCGUCACCACCAAAGACUUCUACGUCGCCGGCAACGGUGACGGCCACAGACACAUCCUCUACCUCGAGCAGGGUGGACUGGGCGGACUCGAGCUGCAUGUCCCCCAUUCAGAGCCAAGGUUCGUGUGGUGAUUGCUGGGCCUUCUCCACUGCUGCGGCCAUUGAAUCUGGACAAUGCAUCCAUGGCGGUCAGAAGACACUUCAGAAAUACUCGGAGCAGUACGUCCAGCAGAACGGGUUGUGCACGGAAAACGACUACCCGUUCACAUCUUCAGACGGCACGGCGGCGUCGUGUUCGACUGGAUGCUCAGCUGUUGAUACAGGAAUCAAAGGUUACAAAACGGUGGAUGAUGCAUCGGGGCUUGCUAGCGCAGUCGCUCAACAACCCGUGAUAAUCGCUGUGGCGUCGGGUAACAACGCUUGGAAACAGUACACAGGCGGCGUCAUCUCGUCGUGUGACACUAGCGAACUUGACCACGCCGUCGUGGUGGUAGGCUACACAGACAGCGAGUGGAAGAUCCGCAACUCGUGGGGCGAUUCGUGGGGUGAGGAAGGUUAUAUUCGCCUUGAACGAACGAGUGACACCACGGGCACCUGUGGAAUGUAUGGCGAUAUGUCGUACCCUACCUUCUAA